CUGCUUUUGUUUAAUUUUUCAGCGCAUGAGAACUCCAUGGAUUGGAUGGACUCAGAGGAAGGAAGUAGGGGAGAUAGGGGAGGAUCCACAUUUUUUUAUGUUGUUUCUUUUUCAUCUUUGUCUUGUAUGUUAUUUUCCACUUCACAUCAGUUUUGAAACCAUGAUUUUUGUGCACACUUUGGAUUUCUCUGCAAUGAUAAACCUGAAUUUUAAUAAAGAGGAUGGAACUUUGCCCCAAGUACUGGUUACAGCUUUCUAAGGAACGCACAAGUCUGUUGAACUGUGGUAAAAUCGCCCAGGGAAGGUGGCAGAAAUCCAGCGACUUGGCACCUUUUACGACUAGUCCAGACAAAACACUAGUAAAUGUACAAUAAGGAACACUGCUUUGGCAGAGAAUGGGCUGCGGGACACGAUGAGGCUUUCCUGUAUGCAGCUUUUUGUGGUGCCAUGACCCCGAUGAAUGUGAAACUUGGAGUUACUCUUCUGCUGAUUCUAGACCCCAUCGGGUCUCAGAGGAGCGUUGGAGGCCUGCAUGAGAAGCCCUACCAUGUGCACCAUCACCUGGUAUCCUCCCUGGGCCUACCUUGGAAGCUAGAUCUGCAGCCGCCCUUCAGUCAUGGUUGUUUCAAGAUUAAAGGCCAUUUCCCUGUCAUUGCCAAGCCUUUUUCUUCUUGCUUUUCAUCUCUCAGCAUCACAGAAUGUACCUGAAUACUCUGAAGCUGAACAUCAGCAAUGUGUCAGGAAAGAACACCCCACAAUUGCUUUUGAAGAUCUGAAGCCCUGGGUGUCGAAUUUCACCUAUCCAGGUGUGCAUGACUUUUCUCAGCUUGCACUGGAUGCCAACAGGAACCAGCUCAUUGUGGGAGCAAGGAACUACCUCUUCAGACUUAGUCUGCACAACGUUUCUCUUAUUCAGGCAACCGCAUGGGGUUCAGAUGAAGACACCAGGAGGUCUUGUCAGAGUAAAGGAAAAACUGAGGAAGAGUGCCAGAACUAUGUCCGAGUGCUGAUUGUUUAUGGGAAGAAGGUGUUUACCUGUGGUACCAAUGCCUUUUCACCGAUGUGUUCCAGUCGACAGGUAGGAAAUCUUAGCAAAAUCAUUGACAGAAUUAAUGGAGUGGCUCGGUGCCCCUACGACCCCCGUCAUAACUCGACAGCUGUGAUUACAUCACGAGGAGAGCUGUAUGCUGCAACUGUAAUUGAUUUCUCUGGACGGGAUCCUGCUAUUUACCGCAGCCUUGGAAAUGUUCCCCCACUUAGGACAGCACAAUACAACUCCAAAUGGCUCAAUGAGCCUAAUUUUAUUGCUGCCUACGACAUCGGUUUGUUCACCUACUUCUUUUUCCGUGAGAACGCAGUAGAACAUGAUUGUGGGAAAACAGUGUAUUCUCGAGUGGCAAGGGUUUGCAAAAAUGACAUCGGGGGCAGAUUUUUGCUGGAGGACACAUGGACAACUUUUAUGAAGGCGAGGCUGAACUGCUCCCGGGCUGGAGAAAUCCCCUUCUAUUAUAAUGAAUUGCAAAGCACCUUCUACCUUCCUGAGCAAGACCUGAUCUAUGGUGUCUUCACCACUAAUGUAAACAGCAUAGCUGCCUCAGCAGUGUGUGCCUUCAAUCUGAGUGCCAUUACUCAGGCAUUUAAUGGCCCUUUCCGUUACCAAGAGAACCCAAGAUCAGCCUGGCUGCCAACGCUAAACCCCAUCCCUAAUUUCCAGUGCGGGACGCUGAACGAUGAUGGCCCCAAUGAGAACCUGACGGAGAGGAUCCUGCAGGAUGCGCAGCGCUUGUUCCUGAUGAAUGACGUGGUGCAGCCAGUCACUGUAGACCCGUAUGUGACUCAGGACAGCAUUCGAUUUUCCAAACUGGUGGUUGAUAUUGUUCAGGGGAAGGAUACUCUCUACCACGUGAUGUAUAUUGGGACAGAGUAUGGGACCAUCUUGAAGGCACUUUCUACCACUAAUAGGAGCCUGAGGAGUUGUUAUUUAGAGGAAAUGCAGAUUCUCCCUGAUGGACAACAGGAACCAAUCAAGAGUCUCCAAAUCCUGCACAGCGACAGGUCGCUCUUUGUGGGUUUAAAUAAUGGAGUGCUAAAAAUUCCUCUGGAGAGAUGCUCCAUGUACAGAACAGAAGGGGAAUGUCUAGGAGCCAGAGACCCCUACUGUGGCUGGGAUAGCAAGCAGAAGCGAUGCACCACCAUUGAGGACAGCUCCAACAUGAGCCUGUGGACUCAAAAUAUUACUGAGUGCCCAGUGAAAAACUUGACAACAAAUGGAAGAUUGGGGCCUUGGUCCCCAUGGCAACUGUGUGAGCAUUCAGAUGGGGACAGCACAGGCUCCUGUAUGUGUAGGUCACGUUCAUGUGACAGCCCUCGUCCUCGCUGCGGAGGUCGCGCCUGUGAAGGGGCCAGGAUUGAGGUCGCAAAUUGUUCAAGAAAUGGCGCUUGGACACCCUGGUCUUCCUGGGCUCCGUGUAGCACUUCCUGUGGGAUAGGCUUUCAGGUCCGCCAGCGAUCUUGCAGCAACCCCGCUCCCCGGUAUGGGGGCAGGGUCUGCGUUGGACAGAGCAGGGAAGAGAGAUUCUGUAAUGAGAAUAGUCCAUGCCCGUUGCCAAUUUUUUGGUCUUCGUGGGGUCCUUGGAAUAAAUGUAGUGUGAAUUGUGGCGGAGGCAUACAUUCAAGGCAGAGGUCCUGUGAAAAUGGAAAUACAUGUCCAGGCUGUGCUGUGGAAUAUAAGACCUGCAAUCCUGAGAGUUGCCCAGAGGUGCGCAGGAACACACCUUGGACCCCUUGGAUGCCUGUCAACAUCACCCAGAAUGGUGCCCGCCAGGAGCAGCGCUUCCGCUACACGUGUCGUGCCCAGCUGUCCGAUCCUCACGAGCUGCAGUUUGGGAGGAAGAAGACCGAGAGUCGAUUCUGCCCCAAUGACGGCUCGGCAGUGUGUGAUACUGACUCUCUUGUUGAUGACCUCCUCAAGACUGGUAAGACCUCUGCACGGAUUAUCAAUGGGGGCUGGUCCUUUUGGGGGGCCUGGUCCUCCUGUUCCAGGGACUGUGAGUUGGGCUUUAGGAUCAGGAAGAGAACUUGCACAAACCCUGAACCUAAAAAUGGUGGCUUGCCCUGCGUGGGGUCAGCGAUGGAGUACCAAGACUGCAACCCACAUCCUUGCCCAGUGAAAGGCUCAUGGUCUUGCUGGACUCCUUGGUCUCAGUGCUCAGCAACCUGUGGAGGAGGACACUACCAGCGCACGCGGACCUGCACCAAUCCAGCCCCAUCUAGUGGAGAGGAUAUCUGCAUUGGUCUGCACACUGAGGAGGCCCUCUGCAACACACACUCGUGUGAAGGUGGCUGGUCAGAGUGGUCAGAGUGGAGCUUGUGUAAUGAAGAGGGGAUCCAGUAUCGCAGUCGUUACUGCGAGGUACACAGUCCAGACUCUUCUCAGUGCAUCGGAAACAGCACACAGUAUCAAGAUUGCCUGUAUAAUGAAAUUCCAGUGAUCCUGCCAGCCUCCAGCAUUGAUGAGAGCACAAACUGUGGAGGUUUUAGUCUCAUCCAUCUGAUUGCCACCGGGAUCUCCUGUUUCUUUGGCUCUAGCCUCUUAACGUUUGUGAUUUACGUGUACUGUCAGCGCUGCCAGAGGCAGUCCCAGGAGUCAACUGUUAUCCACCCAACCACUCCCAACCACCUCCAUUACAAAGGCAAUACCACCCCCAAGAACGAGAAGUACACCCCCAUGGAGUUCAAGACACUUAACAAGAACAACUUGAUACCAGAUGACAGGACCAACUUCUACCCGUUGCAGCAAACCAACGUGUACACGACAACCUAUUAUCCCAGUACACUGAAUAAAUAUGACUACAGGCCUGAGGCCUCCCCUGGAAGGACCUUUACCAACAGCUGAUGAUGGACAGACCCUACAGGACUGGCUCACUUCCUAUAUGAAAUUUUUUUUUAAUUGAUUUUAUGGACCAAAUAUUGGCCCUAUCUCUAGAUGUAAAUAUUGUACAGUAGGGUCUUUUUUUUUUCCUUUGGUUAAUUGUAUUACUUGUAAACAGCACAUCUCCUUACAAGGACAAAAAAGCAUAUGGACCAUUCUGCAGAGCUGUUGUGGAUAUCUGGCUGGAGAUGGUUCUUACUACUGCAACUGUUUAUGGCUGCAAGAUCAGCAUUUCUGUCCAAAGUCGACACUGUCAAGGAGCUGACUGUGUGCUGUGCUAAGUGUUCACCGUGCAGCAGAACACAGCUACGUACAGGCGCGCUCUAAGAAACACAAGAGGAGGCUUCUUGGACCAAGGAGUGUCUGUCUGGUGAGGAGCAUCCUUCCUGGGACAGGGUAGCAAUAGUGCACUGGAUGACACAUAGCUCACAAAACAGCCUGAGCAGGACUCCAUCAUGCCAACAACUUGAAGAAUGUUUUCUUUUUCUUUUCCUUUUUUUGUUUUUGCUUUUGUUUUUUUACGUUUCUGCAAAAAAAAAAAAAAAAGGGUGACUUUUUAGGGCAGUGUUCCCUGUAUCUUCAACAGAAUCUUUUCUUACUACAGGAAAUACUCUCCACAGCCUUCUUUGGUAAUAUGCAAUUCAGCUGAUGAAAAAUAACAUACAAACAAAGUGCAUUACCCAAAGAAGCUUUCCAGAAUGUUUCCAGUUUUAAUUAAAAGAAAAUUAUACAGGCAGUGAGAAGUUGAGCUAAGUAAAUGUUGGAAUAACAUCGGAGACAUGAACUUGGAGUGCCUAACAAACAAAGGUGUUUAUUUCACUGGAAAAAUAUAUGUGAUGAUUGCCGCACAAGAGCCAUGGGCUUUUUCUUUCUUUCUUUCUUUUUUUCUGAGACGCUCUUUUCUUCUAGCUUUGAUCCCGAUUGUGUCUGCCAGGAAAGCCAACUUUAGAGGCUGUGCUCUUCUUGUGGAAAGGCACCGUGCUUUGGGCUUAUUUUUACUCUUGUUUUACUGUUGGUUUUUAGUUCAUUUAUUUUCAAAGAGUGAAUAAUUCUGACUUUGCAGCGGGAGAGUAUUUUUGUAAAGAAUGUUUCCAUAGUCUGACAUGACCCAGAAAGUCUGCUGCACAUUCCUAUAGCGUCUUCCAGUCAGUAGUCUAUGAAAUAAUAACACAGCUGAAUAAUCUGCAUUGUUUGCCAAUAUUUCUUUAAUUUUUCUGAACAAAAACAACCCAACAAACAAAUGCUGCUGCAGCCAUUGAAGUAAAUUGGGGCAGUGGCAUUAUUAAACAGUAUAUCCAGCCUUGAAAUGUAAUUUUGUGUAUGUGUGUGACUGUGUCUAUAAGAACUGUAUUAGUUUGAUGCAGAAGCCAUGUUGUCUACAACCAGAUGUUUGUCUGACAUAAUUGUUUGGCCAAAAGGAAACUUAUUGCUGGUGCUUAAUGUACAAUUACAUCAAAUGUGUUAGCAACGUGAGCAAGUUCACCACUGUUAUCAUUCAGUGUUUCUAAAUAUUUAUAAUGAACUCCUGAUGCUAAGAAUUUUAGACUGUCGCAAUACUGAGCAUGAGCUAAAAAGUACACCCUGAAACGCGCAUGAGCUCCAAGUGGUCCAGAACUUGGAUGUGUUGUCUGCAUUUUACUCGAGCAAUUGUCAUGCCUAAGCUUGGUCAUUGACUUGGACGUGUUCCAAGUGGCUCCCUUUAUAUUUGUUUUAGUUCAGAUUUUAGCUGUACGCCAACACGCCGCUCAUUUCUCUGCUGUUACUUUGCAGUUGCUUGUUUGGAGGGUCGAGCUUGGGCUCUGUGCUCAGCUCUUUCACAUAGAUAGCAGGUAGGAAAUGAAGAAAGACUCUAUUGCGCGUGACAAGUUUAUUGCUUUUCCUGGGAGGAAAAGCCAACAUGGCUCUCUCAGCCUGUGUUAUGGUUGUUUGACCAGCAGACAAGAAUAAAGUAACCUCCCAUUUUUAAAUUAGUACGUUAGGCUUAGUUUGCAGUGAUUGAAGGCUGUAGGGAUAUUUGUAGUGAAGUAUGGUAAUUAGCACUGCCCCAAGGAUGCCUUAGCCUCAAUGGUGCCCACCAUUUCCAGCAGCUGCUCUUCUAAUUUAGCAGGCUCAUCCUGCCUUGGCACUGGUUUCUCCAGCAGAAACAAAGGGAAAAGAGGAAGAAAGGGAUGCCCUGAAACAGAGGUACCCAAAUCCAAAGCAGUGGGGUUAAGAGCUGAUACAGGCCUUGAAGCUUUGCGUGAAGCAACUUGCAGCAACUCUUGCAGUAAGCAUAGCGACACGGCAGCGCAAGAGCUGCAAGAACGAAGCAAAAACUUGCCCAGCGAGCACAAGCCUGCUGGUAGCAGCCACAAAUGCCU